UACAUCAACAAUUGCUAUUUGCUUCUCCCUUCCAAGUUGGUACUGUUGUUCAAAAAUCCAUUCCCAAUCCCCACCCACCCAUCACUCUCUGCCUCUGCUCAUCGCCUCUAUCUAUUAUUUCAGGUUUGAUUUUCUCUCUUUCGGUGCGCAUAUAGGACAUGCAUUUAUCGACGUGAUUCCUUAAGAUUUAGGAGAUUUAGUACAAGUGGUUUAGGAUUUUGGUUCGUGUUUUUGCUGACAAAUCGUAUCAUAUUUUAUUGAAUCUUAACCGGCAACAAUGGUGUCCUUCGAGAUGAACGAUCGGAAAAAAAUUGGACUUGGUUUGACGGGUUUUGGAGUUUUCUUUUCAUUUUUGGGGAUCAUUUUCUUCUUUGAUAAGGGACUAAUCGCAAUGGGAAAUAUCCUCUUCUUCUCAGGGGUGACAUUAACCAUCGGACUCAAGUCAUCCAUGCAGUUCUUUAUGAAACGUUCUAAUUUUAAGGGGACAGUUUCAUUUGGUCUUGGCUUUAUCUUGGUCAUCAUUGGAUGGCCCAUAAUAGGGAUGAUUAUUGAGGCAUAUGGAUUUGUUGUGCUCUUCAGUGGCUUCUGGCCUACACUGGCUGUUUUUCUGCAGAAGAUUCCUAUUCUUGGUUGGCUUUUACAGCAACCUUUUGUGAGAUCGGUUUUUGAUCGCUAUCGAGGAAAAAGGGUACCUGUAUAGUAAGUUUCUCGAGAAAAAUGUUAGAUGCGGCACCUUAGGCCACUUGUAAGUGUUGUAAAAUACUCCGGCCGAGGUCCAUGUAGACAGAUGACAGUUUUUGCUAGUUGGUCAUAUAGACUUUUGAUUAAUGCAUGUUGAUAUUCUCAACAUUGCCUUUCUCACCACUGGCAAAUUGGAAAGUCUAAUCCUCUUGAUGCAUAUUUAAGAUCCCCCUCUGCUUUUGCAGUUUAGCACUGGCCAUUUGUUAUGCAAUAUUCUUUUCCUUUAUACGAAUGUUUAUGGAUUCUUUCUCUGUUCA